AUGGCGGAUCAAGAGGCGGGAUGGGAGGCAACGAGGAAGCAGAACAAGCAAAUGAUGGAGAUGAUGAAGAGGAUGUACCCGAACGAGCAGUUCCCAAAUGGCGGCGAUGAUGCCGUUGCAGAAACUCCGCCGUGGAAUCUGAGGACGAAGCAAGCUGCUUGUAACGAACUUGGAGAUGAGCCCACAAGUAUCAUUGGCGUUAACAGAGGUAGAAACGAAGGGUGUAGUGAUGGAGAUUCUCAGAAACUGAAAUUCUCUGUUUCUUUGUUGAUGGAAGAAAUCGAAAAAGAUUUCACAGCCUUCGUUGGGAAAAACUUCCCCCAAGACCAAAGAAGAGACCAAGAAUUAUUCAGAAUUGAUUGA